AUGGCGUGGAAUCUGCUCUAUAAUGAAUACCAUAGUGGUGACCAGGUCAGUUCAGUAAAACUCCAGAAUCUCAGACGAGAAUUUGAAUACAUGAGAAUGCGUGAGAAUGAACCCCUAACUGCAUAUCUCACUCGUUUGAAUGAAUUGAUAAAUCAAAUGAAAACAUUUGGAGAAGUGCUAUCUAAUGAGAGGCUGGAUCAGAAAGUGUUAAUCAGUCUUAGUAAAGUGUAUGACCCUAUCUGCUUGGUGAUUGAAAAUACAAAGAGCUUGGAGACUAUUGAAUUGCAGGAGAUUUGGCAUUUGGCUAGGGAGUGCACUGCAAACAAAGGUAUGCAGAAAGCCAAUAAUGCAAGCCAAAUGGAAGUAGGAGGAAACUUGUUCUUUGCAAAUUGUGCAAUUUCAAAAAAGAGUGCAAAUGAAGAAUGGUAUGUGGAUAGUGGUUGCAGCAACCAUAUGACUGGGAACAAUAAGCUGCUAAUCGAUAUAAACAUAGAUGUGACAGGCAAGGUGCAAAUGCCAACAGGAGAACUUGUAAGCAUAACUGGUAUGGGUACUUUGGUACUUAACACAAGCACUGGUACAAAGUAUAUUAGGGAAGUCAUGUAUUUACCUGGUUUGAAAGAAAAUCUGUUGAGUGUGGGUCAAAUGGAUGAACAUGGUUAUUAUUUGGUGUUUGGAAGUAGCAUGUGUAGUAUUUUUUAUGAUUAUUCACUGGAGAAUCUUAUCAUGAAGAUGGAAAUGAGAAAGAAUAGGUGCUAUCCAUUGUCACUAUCUACAAAUGACUUUAUUGCACUAAGAGCUGGUGUGUCUCACUCUACCUGGAUUUGGCACAAAAGAAUGGGACAUUUACAUUUGAAAGGGCUAAAUCAGCUUAAGGAAAAGCAGAUGGUGCAUGGUGUACCACAUUAUUGGAAGAUGUAA